UCGGCGGCCCUAUGAGGCUCAACAAGGCCGAUGUGGAGCGGUAUAUCGCCUCGGUGCAGGGCUCCGCCCCAUCUCCCCGGGAGAAGUCAAUGAAAGGAUUCUAUUUUGCAAAACUGUAUUACAAAGCUAAGGAAUAUGAUCUUGCUAAAAAAUAUAUAUCUACAUACAUUAACGUGCAAGAAAGGGAUCCCAAAGCUCACAGAUUUCUCGGCCUUCUUUAUGAAGUGGAGGAAAACAGAGAGAAAGCAGUUGAAUAUUAUAAGCGUUCAGUGGAAUUAAACCCAACACAAAAAGAUCUUGUGUUGAAGAUUGCAGAAUUGCUCUGUAAAAAUGAUGUUAGUGAUGGAAGAGCUAAAUACUGGGUUGAAAGAGCAGGUAAACUUUUUCCAGGAAGUCCUGCAAUUUAUAAACUAAAGGAACAGCUUUUAGAUUGUAAAGGUGAAGAUGGAUGGAAUAAACUUUUCGACUUGAUUCAGUCAGAACUUUAUGCAAGACCUGAUGAUGUCCACAUGAACAUCGGACUAGUAGAGCUGUAUCGCUCAAACAAUAGACUGAAGGAUGCUGGGGCCCACUGCCACCAGGCAGAGAGAAACAUAGCCUUGUGUUCAAGUUUAGAGUGGAAUUCCUGUGUUCUACAGACCCUUAAGGAAUAUCUGGAAUCUUCACAGUGUUUGGAGUCUGAUAAAAGUAACUGGCGAGCAACCAAUCAGGACUUACUUCUAGCCUACGCUAACCUUAUGCUUCUCACGCUGUCCACGAGAGAUGUGAACGAGAGCAGGGAAUUGUUGGAGAGUUUUGAUAGUGCUCUUCAGUCUGUGAAAUCUUGUGUGGGUGGAAAUGAUGAACUCUCAGCUACUUUCUUCGAAGUGAGGGGACAUUUCUACAUGCAUGCUGGUUCUCUGCUUUUGAAGAUGGGUCAGCAUAGUGACGUGCAGUGGCAAGUGCUCUCUGAGCUGGCUGCGUUGUGCUAUCUCAUAGCCUUUCAGGUUCCAAGACCAAAGGUUAAAUUUAUAAAAGGAGAAGCUGGACAAAAUCUACUGGAAAUGAUGGCCUGUGAUCGCCUGAGCCAAUCAGGGCAUAUGCUGCUAAACUUAAGUCGUGACAAGCAAGACUUUUUAAAAGAGGUUGUAGAAUCCUUUGCCAAUGAAAGUGGGCAGUCUGCUGUAUAUGAUGCUCUGUUUUCUAGUCAGUCACCUAAAGAUAGAUCUUUCCUUGGUAAUGAUGAUAUUGGAAACCUUGAUGUACAAGCACCAGGUCCUGAGGAUUUGGCUCAAUAUGAUGUUGGUGCCAUUCGAGCACACAAUGGUAGUCUUCAGCACCUCACCUGGCUUGGCUUACAAUGGAAUUCAUUGCCCGCCUUACCUGCGAUUCGAAAAUGGCUAAAACAGCUUUUUCAUCAUUUGCCCCAGGAAACCUCAAGACUUGAAACAAAUGCACCUGAAUCAAUAUGUAUUUUAGAUCUUGAAGUAUUUCUACUUGGAGUAAUAUAUACCAGCCACUUACAAUUAAAGGAGUGUAAUUCUCACUACAGCUUCUAUCAGCCUCUGUGCUUGCCACUUCCUGUGUGUAAACAGCUUUGCACAGAAAGACAGAAAUCUUGGUGGGAUGCAGUUUGUAAUCUAAUCCACAGAAAAGCAAUACCUGGAACCUCAGCAAAAUUGCGACUUCUAGUUCAGCAUGACAUAAACACUCUAAGGGGCCAGGAAAAACAUGGCUUUCAGCCUGCUCUACUUGUGCACAGGGCAAAAUGCCUUCAGAAAAUGGACAGUGGUCUUAAUUCUUUUUAUGAUCAACGAGAAUACAUAGGCAGAAGUGUUAAUUACUGGAAGAAGGUUUUGCCAUUGUUGAAGAUACUUAAAAAGAAGAGCAGUAUCCCUGAACCUAUUGACCCUCUGUUUAAACAUUUUCAUAGUGCAGACAUUCAGGCAUCUGAAAUGGGUGAAUAUGAAGAGGAAGCACACAUAACAUGUGCUAUAUUGGAUGCAGUUAAUGGAAAUAUAGACGAUGCUGUGGCUGCUUUUGAAUCUAUUAAUAAUGUCGUUUCUUACUGGAAUCUUGCACUGAUUUUUCACAGAAAAGCAGAAGACAUUGAAAAUGAUGCACUUUCUUCUGAAGAACGAGAAGAAUGCAAAAAUUACCUGAGAAAGACCAGAGACUACCUGAUAAAGAUUUUAGAUGACAGUGAUUCAGAUCUGUCAGUGGUUAAGAAAUUGCCCGUGUCCCUGGAAUCUGUAAAAGAGAUGCUUAAUUUAGUCAUGCAGGAGCUCAAUGACUUCAGUGAAGGAGGGCCUCUUUAUAGAAAUGGUUCUUUGUGAAAUGCAGAUUCAGAAGUAAAACAUUCUACACAGUCUCCCACCAAAUACUCUCUCUCACCAAAUAAAAGUUACAAGUAUUCUCCCAAAACACCACCUCCAUGGGCAGAAGAUCAAAAUUCUUUAUUGAAAAUGAUCUGCCAACAAGUAGAGGCCAUUAAGAAAGAAAUGCAGGAGUUGAAACUAAAUAGCGGUAACUCAGGGUCCCCUCAUCGUUGGCCUACAGAGAAUUAUGGACCAGAUUCAGUGCCUGAUGGAUAUCAGGGGUCACAGAAUUUUCAUGGGGCCCCACUAACAGUGGAAGAGAAGAAAAAGCCUGAAGAUCUUCCCUCAGAUGACGAUGUUCUCAUCGUGUAUGAGCUAACCCCGACCCCUGAGCAAAAAGCUCUUGCAAGCAAACUUCAGCUUCCUCCCACUUUCUUCUGUUAUAAGAGCAGGCCAGACUACAUCAGCGAAGAGGAGGAGGAUGAUGAAGAUUUUGACACAGCUAUCAAGAAGCUUAAUGGAAAACUAUAUUUGGAUGACUCAGAAAAAUGUAGACCAUUAGAAGAAAAUCUAACAGAUAAUGAGAAAGAAUGUAUUAUUGUUUGGGAAAAGAAACCAACAGUUGAAGAAAAGGCAAAAGCAGAUACGUUAAAGCUUCCACCUACAUUUUUUUGUGGAGUCUGCAGUGACACUGAUGAGGACAAUGGAAGUGGGGAAGACUUCCAAUCGGAGCUUCACAAAGUUCAGGAAGCUCAAAAAUCCCAGAAUGAGGACAUAACUAGCAUGGCUGACAGUGUGUGUACAGAUGGCAGUAAAGUGACUGUACCAUUUUUGUGUAAAUCUGAAGAACCAGAGUUUACUACCAGAUCUAUUAGUUCACCACCUAUUUCUUCUGAAACUGUCGAUAAACCUGUGGAUUUAUCUACUAGAAAGGAAAAUGAUGCAGAUUCUACAAGCCAAGUGGAAAGCAAAACAGUUUCAUUUGGAUUUGGAGGUAGCACAGGGCUGUCAUUUGCAGACUUGACUUCCAGUAAUUCUGGGGAUUUUGCUUUUGGGUCCAAAGAUAAAAAUUUCCAGUGGGCAAAUACUGGAGCAGCUGUGUUCGGAGCACAGUCAGCCAGUAAAGUUGGCGAAGAUGAAGAUGGUAGUGAUGAAGAGGUAGUUCAUAAUGAAGAUAUCCAUUUUGAACCAAUAGUGUCAUUACCAGAGGUAGAAGUAAAAUCUGGAGAAGAAGAUGAAGAAAUUUUAUUUAAAGAGAGAGCCAAACUUUACAGGUGGGAUCGAGAGGCCAGUCCGUGGAAGGAGCGUGGGGUUGGAGACAUGAAGAUCCUCUGGCACACGAUGAAUAAUUACUACCGGGUCCUGUUGAGAAGAGACCAGGUGCUCAAAGUGUGUGCAAAACACGUCAUCACCAAAACAAUGGAACUGAAACCCUUGAAUGUUUCCAACAAUGCUUUAGUUUGGACUGCCUCAGAUUAUGCUGAUGGAGAAGCCAAAGUGGAACAGCUUGCAGUGAGAUUUAAAACUAAAGAAAUGACUGACUGUUUUAAGAAAAAAUUUGAAGAAUGUCAACAGAAUUUAUUGAAACUCCAGGAAGAACAGGUAUCACUGAGAGCAAAGGAGACAAAUCCUGUGGUGUUUUUUGAUGUUUGUGCAGAUGAUGAGCCUCUGGGAUGUAUAACCAUGGAAUUAUUUUCAAACAUUGUUCCUCAAACUGCUGAGAACUUCAGAGCACUGUGCACUGGAGAGAAGGGCUUUGGUUUCAAGAACUCCGUUUUUCACAGAGUGAUUCCAGAUUUUGUUUGCCAAGGGGGAGAUAUCACCAAACACGAUGGAACAGGAGGAUGGUCCAUUUAUGGAGAUAAAUUUGAAGAUGAAAAUUUUGAUGUGAAACAUACCAGUCCUGGCUUACUAUCCAUGGCCAAUCGAGGCCAGGAUACCAAUAAUUCUCAAUUUUUCAUAACACUGAAAAAAGCAGAGCAUUUGGACUUUAAGCAUGUAGUAUUUGGGUUUGUUAAAGAUGGUAUGGAUACUGUGAAAAAGAUUGAAUCCUUUGGUUCUCCUAAAGGGUCUCUUAGUUGAAGAAUUAUUAUCACAGAAUGUGGACAGAUAUAAAAUCAAUGUUUUUCAUAGUAGAUUUUACCUGUAUAAACAGUUGAAUUGAAGCCUGGCUGUUAAGACAACAUGGUAAUUAUGUUCAGCUUUUGAAAA